GCUCGUGUAGGAGGGAUGGAGUUCUCCCCAGGGAUGGUCUACAUCUCUCCAGACAGCCCUCUGAGCUUGCCAGCUAUUGUCAGCAUUGCAGUGGCUGGUGGGCUCCUCAUCAUCUUCAUUGUGGCCGUGCUGAUUGCCUACAAGCGCAAAUCCAGGGAGAGCGACCUCACCCUCAAGCGUCUGCAGAUGCAGAUGGACAACCUGGAGUCCAGGGUGGCACUGGAGUGCAAAGAAGCCUUUGCAGAGCUGCAGACAGAUAUUCACGAGCUGACAAGUGACCUGGAUGGAGCUGGGAUCCCUUUCCUCGACUACAGAACCUAUACCAUGAGGGUGCUUUUCCCUGGCAUUGAAGAUCAUCCAGUCCUGAGGGAUCUGGAGGUACCUGGCUAUAGAGUGGAAGUGGAGAAAGGCCUGAAGCUCUUUGCCCAACUCAUCAACAACAAGGUGUUCCUGCUCUCCUUCAUCCGCACGCUCGAGUCCCAGCGCAGCUUCUCCAUGAGGGACAGGGGCAAUGUGGCCUCACUCAUCAUGACAGUGCUGCAGAGCAAGCUGGAGUAUGCCACUGAUGUCCUCAAACAGCUCCUGGCUGACCUCAUAGACAAAAAUCUGGAGAGCAAGAACCACCCCAAGCUGCUUCUGCGGAGGACAGAGUCUGUGGCUGAGAAGAUGCUCACCAACUGGUUCACCUUCCUUCUGUACAAGUUCCUCAAGGAAUGUGCUGGUGAGCCUCUCUUCUCCCUUUUCUGUGCCAUCAAGCAGCAGAUGGAGAAGGGCCCCAUCGACUCCAUCACGGGGGAGGCUCGGUACUCACUGAGUGAGGACAAGCUCAUCCGACAGCAGAUCGACUACAAGACACUGGUCUUGAGCUGUGUGAACCCUGACAACGUGAACAGUGCUGAGAUCCCAGUGAAGAUCCUCAACUGUGACACCAUCACACAGGUCAAGGAGAAGAUCCUUGAUGCCAUCUUCAAGAACGUGCCCUGUUCCCACCGGCCCAAAGCUGCUGACAUGGACUUGGAGUGGAGACAAGCAAGUGGGGCCAGGAUGAUCCUUCAGGAUGAAGACAUCACUACCAAGAUAGAGAAUGACUGGAAGAGGCUCAACACACUGGCACACUACCAGGUGCCAGAUGGAUCUGUGGUAGCUUUGGUCUCCAAGCAAGUCACUGCCUACAAUGCAGUCAACAACUCCACAGUCUCCAGGACAUCAGCCAGCAAGUAUGAGAACAUGAUCCGUUACACAGGGAGCCCUGACAGCCUCCGCUCUCGCACCCCCAUGAUCACCCCUGACCUGGAGAGUGGAGUCAAGAUGUGGCACUUGGUGAAGAACCAUGAGCAUGGUGACCAGAAGGAGGGUGACAGGGGCAGCAAGAUGGUUUCAGAGAUCUACCUGACAAGACUUCUUGCCACCAAGGGAACCCUCCAGAAAUUCGUAGAUGACCUCUUUGAGACCAUCUUUAGCACUGCUCACCGUGGCAGUGCCCUGCCCCUGGCCAUCAAAUACAUGUUUGAUUUCCUGGAUGAACAGGCUGACAAACACAACAUCCACGACCCCCACGUGCGGCACACCUGGAAGAGCAACUGCCUCCCCUUACGGUUCUGGGUGAACAUGAUCAAGAACCCACAGUUUGUCUUCGACAUCCACAAAAACAGCAUCACAGACGCCUGUCUGUCCGUGGUGGCACAGACCUUCAUGGACUCCUGUUCCACCUCUGAGCACAGGCUGGGCAAGGACUCCCCCUCCAACAAGCUUCUCUAUGCCAAGGACAUCCCCAGCUACAAGAACUGGGUGGAAAGGUACUACUCAGACAUUGCCAAGAUGCCAGCGAUCAGUGACCAGGACAUGAACGCGUACCUGGCCGAGCAGUCUCGCAUGCACAUGAACGAGUUCAACACCAUGAGUGCUCUCUCAGAGAUCUACUCCUACGUAGGCAAGUACAGCGAGGAGAUCCUCGGAGCCCUUGAUCAAGAUGACCAGGCUGGGAAACAGAAACUUGCCUACAAACUUGAACAAGUCAUAACCCUCAUGAGCAUAGACAGCUGA